GCCGGACCGACUCGGCUCUAGAAAGUGGUCUCUGCGGUGGUCACGAUGGGGAAGUCAGAUUUUCUUACCCCUAAGGCCAUCGCCAACCGGAUCAAAUCCAAAGGACUUCAGAAGCUGCGUUGGUAUUGCCAGAUGUGCCAGAAGCAGUGUCGGGACGAGAAUGGCUUCAAGUGUCAUUGUAUGUCUGAAUCUCAUCAGAGACAGCUAUUGCUGGCUUCCGAAAAUCCUCAGCAGUUUAUGGAUUAUUUUUCAGAGGAAUUCCGAAAUGACUUUCUAGAACUUCUCAGAAGACGCUUUGGCACUAAGAGAGUCCACAACAACAUUGUCUACAAUGAAUACAUCAGCCACCGGGAACACAUCCACAUGAAUGCUACUCAGUGGGAAACACUGACUGAUUUUACUAAGUGGUUGGGCAGAGAAGGCUUGUGCAAAGUGGAUGAGACACCAAAAGGCUGGUAUAUUCAGUACAUAGACAGAGACCCAGAAACUAUCCGUCGCCAGCUGGAACUAGAGAAAAAGAAGAAGCAAGACCUCGAUGAUGAGGAAAAAACUGCCAAGUUUAUUGAAGAACAAGUGAGAAGAGGUCUAGAAGGAAAAGAGCAGGAGGUCCCUGUUUUUACAGAGUUAAGCAGAGAAAACGAUGAAGAGAAAGUCACAUUUAACCUGAAUAAAGGAGCAUGUAGCUCAGGAGGAGCAACAUCUUCCAAAUCAGGUUCUUUGGGACCAAGUGCACUCAAGACACUAGGGAGUGCAGCCUCAGUGAAACGAAAAGAAUCUUCCCAGAGCUCAGCUCAAUCUAAAGAAAAGAAGAAGAAGAAAUCUGCACUUGAUGAAAUCAUGGAGAUUGAAGAGGAAAAGAAAAGAACAGCCCGAACAGACUACUGGCUACAGCCUGAAAUCAUUGUGAAAAUUAUAACCAAAAAACUUGGAGAGAAAUAUCACAAGAAAAAGGGUAUCGUUAAGGAAGUAAUUGACAAAUACACAGCUGUUGUAAAGAUGAUUGAUUCUGGAGACAAGCUGAAACUUGACCAGACUCAUUUAGAGACAGUAAUCCCAGCACCAGGAAAAAGAAUACUGGUUUUAAAUGGAGGGUACAGAGGAAAUGAAGGUACUCUAGAAUCCAUCAAUGAGAAGACUUUCUCAGCUACGAUAGUCAUUGAAACUGGCCCUUUAAAAGGACGCAGAGUUGAAGGAAUUCAAUAUGAAGACAUUUCUAAACUUGCCUGAGUUUGAAAAUUUGUUAACAAUACAUUAAAAUUCUAAAGCAUCAAAUUGGUGUUUGCCAAGGCAUUAUGAGACUCUACUGUGUUAGGGUAUUUCUUUUAUAUAAAACAAAUGAAUUUAUUUAAAUAUUACUGUAUAGUUGUUUAGUGAAACUUAUAGAAAAAUCUAAUUAUGUCUACUGAAGUGUCAAAACUAUGUAAUUUUUCCUUGUUUCUUUCUUUUCUUUGUAAUAUUUCCUUGAUUUUUUUAUUUUUAUUAAAGAAUGUUAUUGGAGAGUG